GGUAAAAUGGAGCAGCACGUGUGAGAAUGUUGACAAUGUUUUCAUUCUUGUGAUAGAUGUUGAACAAUGGGUUCGAAUAAAAAACAACUCAAGGAAAUUAGUAAACAAAAGAAGGGAAAAGGAAAAAGAUGGAAGAAGGGCCAGAGUAGCAGUAGUAACCCUGAAACUAAAACAUUUCGGGAGGCUGCCAAAAACAGAUUUUUCCAAACAUCGAAAGGAGAAAGUAGCCUUACUGUUGAUGCUUUGGCUAAACAUGAUGAAGAACAGGCAGAUAAGGAUGGAGAUGUGAGCCUGCGAGCCGAGUCAGAUAUUGUCAGUGCUGCUGGAAAGACGUUUAAUACCUGGGCAACAAACUGGACAGAAUGUACCAACACAACUUUUAGUCGCGUACAUAGGUACUGGGCAUCAAAUUCAGCUUUUCAUAAAGAGGUGUUAGCUGUGUUAGCAGCAGUUACAGAGGUGAUAAAAACCCAGGGAGGUUCCGAAUCAGAAACGGAAUACUUUGCUGCUCUGAUGACAGCACUAGAGACAACGGAGGGGGAAGAAUCAGUAUCAGCUGUGGCAUAUCUUCUCAGCUUAGUCAUGAAAAGAAUCCCUGCUCCAGUCUUGAAGAGUAGGUUUGCAGAAAUUUCCAAAGAAUUUCUAGAUGUUCUUGUAAAGUACAGUGAAGGACAAUCCCCUGCCCUCCUUAAAUCUUUGUUGCUGUGUCUUGCUUUGCUGCUCAGGGUUCAAGACCAAGCUACGUGGAGUAACUCAUCAACACAAAGAGUGUAUCAAGGUCUGCUGGCCUUCACUGUCAACAAAAAACCCAAGGUGAGAAAGGCUGCACAGCAAGGUGUGAAUAUUGUCCUGAGGGGGAGCAUCUUUAUGAACCCAGCAGAGACGGCCCCUCCCCAUCACCCCGCCAGCUCCAUGACGGCCAAAUUCUGUAUUCAGGUCAUUGAGCAAUGUGGAGGUUCUACAGAAUCUUCAGACACUCUGUACAUCCUAAGCUUAUUAAAAGACAUAAUGUGUACAUUCUCUCUCAGUAGUCUCAAAUCAGUGUGUGAGACCAUACUCAGAGUGAUGACACUCAGUAAUGUGAUGGUGACAUCUUGUGGAAUGAAGGCAUUAUAUGGCCUCUUUAAUGGAAAUCCAAGGGCUACAACUCUGAAUGCAGAACUGAAUGCACAAAUGAUAAAAGCUCUGUACGAGUACCAUCCUUCAAAUAAUGACGUGCAGCCAUUGAAGGCGUGGCUAGCAGUAAUGGAGGCAGCACACAAGAACCUGACAAGACUAGAUGAGAAGCUCUGUCUGGGUCAUCUGCCCCGUUUCUUCUCUGUGUGUAUGACGUGUCUUCUGUCAGAGAAAGCCGAGGUAGCCUCUAGUGCAACAAAAACAAUGAAGGAGCUGUUAAGGGCCUGUCUUGCCCCUGCUGUGGAGGGCACUAAACAAGUGACAUCAGCACCUUCUAGUACAAAUACACCACUCCACAAAAUUGUGAAGGCUCUUGAGACAGGACUAGGGUACCAGUUUCAUGCUGCCUGGGGACUAGUCAUGCAAGUCUUUGCUGUAAUGUUUGAGGUUGCUGGUAAGGAAUGUCCAGCACUUUUCAAAAAGAGCUUAUUAUCAAUAGCCAAUCUUAGAGACAGUCCCAGGUUUCCUUAUAAAGCCGAGUUAGACCAUGCUGUCGGUGCUGCUAUUAAGUAUCUAGGGCCUCGGCAGGUUUUAGAAGCUGUGCCUCUGAACAUUACUGGAGAUGAUGAUGACUAUAGUUUUCCACGGAGCUGGUUGCUACCCGUUAUCAGAGACAAUGUGUGCAAUACAGAGUUAGGGUUCUUUACAAUAUAUUUCCUUCCACUGGCUGCAAAACUCCGACAGAGAUCUCUGGAGGCGGAGUCUACUGGUAACCAGGUUGUCUGUAAAUCAUACGACGCUCUACAGCGACAGAUCUGGUCUUUGUUGCCAGGGUUCUGUACCCAGCCCACAGAUCUUGCUCAGUCAUUCAAGGGAAUCUGUAAAAUUCUUGGGUCUGCCAUCAGCGACCGCGAGGAUCUUAGAACUGAAGUCAUGUCUGGACUCCGGAAACUCAUAAACAAGAGCAAAGAAGAAGAAGAGAGUAAACAAGAGGUGGCCAGAUUUGCAAAGAAUUUUCUCCCCAUUCUGUUUAACCUGUUCACAACAGAGCCAGAAAAUGCCAAAGACACCACUAGACUGGCUGUCCUGGAAACCAUCAAAACCUACCUACAGAUAGCAGAUACUGCAUUGAUCAAUUCAUUCUGUGAUAAAUGUAAAGAGAAAAUCCAUGAAGAGGGCGUUUCACCAUUCAAAAGACAUGCCCUGAUGGAUCUCCUUCUUGUGAUGUUACCAGUGGUGGAUCAAACAAGGGUGGAAGCAAUUUUCAAACUGACUACUCCAUUCCUGUCUGACAUGGAUAAGACGUUACAGAAGAAAUGUUACCGAGUGUUAGAGGAGUUAUGUAGCAGUUCUUCAGAAGCCUGUCAGAUGUUUGUUACGGAGAAUCUGUCUACUAUACAGGGGGUCCUGCUAGAUUCCCUGUCUACAUCUAGUCCCUCUUCUAAAGCACCUCGGCUCCGUUGUUUAAUCAACAUCUUCAAAAUACUGAAGGAGGAGGAGAAAGAUUUCCUGUUGGCAGUUGUACCAGAGGCAAUUUUAUGUACCAAGGAGAUAGGAGAAAAGGCCCGAUCAGCAUCUUAUCAACUACUGGUAGAAAUGGGCCGUGCCAAGAUGAGAUGGAAUAAAAAUGAAAAUGAGGCACUAGAGGACUACUUCCAAAUGGUGAUGGCAGGACUUGGGGGUUCCCCACAGAUGGUCAGCUCUACCCUACUGGCCCUGACCAGGAUUCUCUAUGAGUUCAAAGCCUCCAUCAGCAUGCCAUUGUUAGAGACCAUUGUGGAACAGUUGUGUUUACUUCUGAAAUCAAAGACAAGGGAAGUGGUUAAGGCGGCUCUGGGCUUUAUGAAGGUUCUGUUAUCUGCCUACCCCGACACUGUGCUGGCUCCGCACUUAAAACAGAUUAUGUCCAGUCUUGUUUCUCAAAAGGAGGACUGCAAGCAUCAUUUUAGGUUCAAGGCUAAAGAAAUCUAUGCUAAACUCAUCAAGAAGUUUGGAUACGAGACAAUCUUUGGUAUGUCACCUCCGAGCAUUCACAAGGUUCUUGUAAACAUAAAGAAGACUCAGGAGAGGGCUAAGAAGAAGAAGAAGGAGAGAGACAGUGAUUCCGAAGAAGAGAGUGACCAGGAACACUUUAGAUCUCAACCUGAAAGUGUGGAUGAUCUUCUGAGGGAUACAGACUCUGAGGAGGAGACAGAAACAAAACCCAAACGGAAAACACGGGACAAAACUCAGGCUAAAUUGGCCUGGUUACAAGAGGGAGGGGAUAUUAUGGAUUUCCUCGACCCAACAGCCUCCAAAAAAGUCCUUGCUACAAAACCAGAAGAAAAGAAAGAUAUGAAGAAGAGAGAACCAGCAUUUAAGAUGGCUUCUGAUGGACGUCUGAUUAUAACAGAGUCCAGUGACGAGGAAGGUCCAGAGAAAAUGGGAGAAGAUGAAGAUGACCUUGAAGAUUUGUUGAAGGCCAUUGAGCAGGGAGCAGGAAAUGUCAAGAAAACAAAGAAGAGGAAAGUAGAAGAUCUAGGUUCAGAUGACGAGGCUUCAGCACCAAAAUAUAAAGCUGGAGGAGGGGGUAUACACAGACCUCUUGCAAAAGUCAAAAGGUCAGCUCCCCAGGAAGCUGGUAGUGAAUACAGAGCCAAGAAAGCGGGAGGAGACAUCAAGAAGACUGGAAGACCAGAUCCUUAUGCUUAUCUUCCUCUGAACUUUCAAGCUCUCAACAAGAGGAAAAAAGCGAAAAUGGCUGGUCGUUUUACAAACUUGGUGAAGGGAGCAAAGAAAGGUGCUAAAAAGGGAUAUAAAGGAAAGAAAAAGACUUGAUGAUUUAAUGAUUUUAAACAUACAGGACAAAGAAUGUUAAUUGUUUGACUGUUUCCUUGUUCACAAAAUGUAUUUAUAAAAUCCUUUUUUUGAAAUAAUUUUAUUAAUGACAUAUUUGUUAAUUAGCAAGUAUGACAAUAUUCAAAUAUAAAGUUUGUGGAUUU